AUGGAAGACGACCCGUGCUGGAGUUGGCCAGCCUGGAAAUUUGGCUUAAAGAGGGGCGACCUUUUCACCUCUCUUCACGACCGCUACAACACCUUCACCUUUUCCCUCCAAGACCCCGAAGCCUUCCACGCCGACGUGUGCGAGGUUUCCCACGAUGCCGAAACUAUAGAAGAGUUCCAUGGCCUGAUGGCUGAACGUCGGCAGCAGCGUCUCCGGGAGCUUCACGAGUCUCUGGAAUCGCUCGCCGUCGAGAUCAUCGCCAACCCCAAGCUUAUGGAUUCUGAACACUGGGACUACGCCGUUCAGCUCUUCCGCACCAAGUCGUUCGACUCCAUCGUACGAUACUUCGCCAGCUACCUUCCCCAACCAGAUGGCCCGCCAUCAUGCGAUGAGAACAUGCAUACCCGCACCCUAUCAACCGACUCGACCGUCACAGAUGCAUCAAACGUUUCUGCCGCUAGCACUGCCGUCAGCAGCACCGCCCCACUCGAUACACUCUUUCUCUCUGCUGCGAAAUACACGUCGUUUUUAGAUGAAGGCUUCGUGACGGAGGAGCCGGAUACUCUCGACGACGACGUUGAGCCCACAGCCGGCGAGCCCCUAUUCCCUCCUGAAUCCAAGACGGCCAGCUCACCUCCGCGAACGGACGACGGUCAAGAAUCGCGACUUCACUCGCACCCUCUCUCUCGUUCCAUGUCCUUCUCAGGGUCCGAAACGGGUGGCUUCGGCCGCACCUUCGACCGCGCCGGUCUAGACGACGAUGAUACCUCAUCUCAAUCGGACAGUGUCGGCGCGACCGACUCGUCGGCGUCGGAUUGCGGCGAGAGCCACUCCUCUCUUGACUCUCUGGAUGAUAAGAGGCAAGACACAUUUGUCACUGCUGAUGAUGAAGAUGAUCUUGUCACUGCACAGUUCCCCGAAGAUGCGUUUGACGCCUUCGAUAACAUGAACCACGUCGGCUCAGUCUACGAGACGACGGAAGAAUCCCGUACGCCGACACCUCGACAGGAAGGCCUGUCGGAAGAAACGACGACGGCGGUAUCGCCGUCUUCGUAUAUUGACUACAAGUCGAUGUUCUACCGUAGACUCGUUUCACCACAUCGAUAUACGUCGUAUGUCAAAUCACAGCGAUCUGCCACCGGUGGCAUGUCGCCGCCUCGCGAGGUGCGCAGGAGCCCUGACGAGGCAAACAGCAAAAUCCAAAAAACGAGUCCAGAUAUCUUGCGGAAGAGAUCAAGGGGAAAGAUGAAUUAG